AGCGCUGGUGGAGCUAAGAAGUGUUAGACUGUGAAGUCUGAGGUUAUUCCUGAGCUUCACCCAACUUCUACACACUCUUAUUCCGCUGCAGAAACACGACAACCAUGAAGAGCCUGAAGUACCGCCUGAAAAAGCACGAAGUCACCAUCACAAACACCGACUGGAACAAGUACGAUGAUCGGUUGAUGAAAGCCGUAGAAAAGGGGGAGGUGGACAAGGUGUCGGCCGUCCUCAGUAAGAAAGGGAUCAUCCCCACCAAACUGGAUGUGGAGGGUCGGUCUGCUUUUCAUCUUGCUGCCGCCAGAGGACAUUUGGACUGCCUCAGCGUCAUCCUCAACCAUGGUGUUGACGUCACAGCCAAUGAUGCCACAGGAAAAAAUGCCUUACACUUAGCAGCCCGGAACGCACAGUCAUUGUGUGUGCAGAAGCUUCUACAGCAUAACUGCCCUGUUGGAAAUGUGGACCUGCAGGGAAGAACAGCCCUGCAUGAAGCCGUCAUGGCCGGCUGCUCCUCUAGCAUUAAGCUGCUGUGCGACGGCGGGGCUUCAGUCAACGCUGGUGAUUUUGAGGGGAAGACACCGUUGGUGCUGGCCACGCAGAUGUGUCAUCCCCAUAUCUGUCAGCUCCUGCUGGACCGAGGAGCUGACGUUCGAGUGCGUGACAAGCAGAACAAAACUCCCUUGAUCCUGGGAUGUGAACAUGCCUGUAAGGACGCUGUAGAGGUUCUGCUGAAGAGUGGAGCUGAUGUCACCGCUGUGGACAGCUUUAGCCAUGACAGCUAUUAUUAUGCCAGACUCGGCAAAAACCCGGAGCUCAUCAGCCUUGUUAAAAGCUACCUGGAUAAUGCGAAAGCAAAAGAAGCUAGCAGGGCGGAACAGAAAAAGAGACAGCUGUCUGUGGACGUGGCCCCUGAGACCGCAUCUAACAGGGAUCUGAUUAUUCACGAUCUUGAGAAGCAGAACGAGAGUCAGCAGGAGACUCUGAGGAAAUAUCAUCAUGACCAGAGGGUCCUAAUGGACAAAGUCAGUGUGCUGCAACAGCAACUCAGUCAGGAGAAGUUGAUAGUGGAGGACAUUCACAAAGAGAGGGAGCAGCUCAAGCGCAUGCUGUCUGCCAGAGAAAGAGAGUAUGCAGCUGCAGAGACAGUAAAGGUUCAGCUCCGGAGCCAUCUGGGAGAAUACUCGGGCCAGUCUGUGAUUAAAGGGAAAGAAACGAUUCUCGUCAGACAAGCUCAAAGUCUGGAUUCAGCUCAGGUUUUGCAGCCUUCUGUCCCAUCUCGUUCUGUAUCCCGACCCUUGGAGCUCUCUCACCCAGGGAUGGCAACCCCUAAUGAGGUGGAGACAUUACGUCAGGAGCUAAGGUCCACCCGUAAACUGCAGGAGGGUGCUCAGGAAGAAAUAGGACGCCUCCAGGCUGCACUCACUCGAAAAACCAAGGAGUGUGAAGAAUUGCUUCAGAGUCGUGACUCGACCAAGCGAGAAGCAGAUCGGCAGGUUCAGGAGCUAGAGGGGGCAUUGGGAGAUGUCCAAAAGAGGAUGCUGGACUCUGAAGCCAAGGUCAAGCAGCUACAGGCACAUGUGAUCACAGUAAAGGAGCAUCUUGGCAACCAAAUGUUAGAUGACCUCAAAGCUCAGCUCAGCGAGGUUAAGGUUAAGUAUGAAGGUGCGUCAGCGGAGGUCGGCCGAGUGAGGAAUCAUUUGAAACAGAGCGAGAAAGCUCUGGAGGAGUAUAAAAAGAGUGAAAGCCUCUUGGCUGAAGAGGUCGAGAAGCUGACCGAUGAGCUAAAUGCAACGAGAGGACAGCGUGACGCCAUGGCUAAGUCUCUGCAAGAAAUGGAGGCUCGUGUUAAAGAAACAGAAAAACGUCUGGCUGCCAUGGUGCCUGGAGAGAAAUUUGACAACAUGAAGAACCUUCUGACCAAUGCGGUGGAUGAGAAGGAGAGACAGCUGGUGGAGCUGCGGGAGGACUACGAUCGCGUUCUUGAGGAGGUGGCUGAGCUCCACAGGGAGGAGGACAACCAGGACACCGUCCCCCUUCAGGAGCAUGAGAGACUCAGGAUGGCUCUGGAGGAACAGAGUGAUCUCCUAAAGAAAAAACUGUCAGACGUCACUUCGAAAUGUCAGUCGCUAAUCUGUGAGGUCGAGGAUGGUGAGGAUGAGAGGGAGCUGCUUCGAGAAGAGCUGCAUGAGCUCAGAAAGAACCUCCAGACGCAGUUUGUUCCUGUCGAGACUCAUGAGGAAUUUAAGAAGACUGUUAAUCUUGCUAUGGAAGAGCUUAAGGAUGAGCUUGAUGAGACUAUCAAAAGGGGAAAUCACGCUGAGGGGCAGUUGAGGAGGCUUCAGGAGGAGAAGGCGUCUCUGGCUGAAAGCAUGAGCAGCUUGAAGAGCACUCAUGUACCCAAUGAAAGGUAUGAAAGUGAGGUGGCUGCACUUUCAGCCUGUAAAGCAGGGGUGGAAAAGGAUUUGGAGAAUCUCCAGAGGAAGUACAAAGAUAAAGAGAAGGAGCUUGAGGUGGUGGCAGCUGAGAACAUUGCACUGAAACAGAGUUUGCAGGUUGAGUUUGUCAAAAGAGAAGAAUAUGAGAGAAUGCAGGAAGAGUUGCAUGAAGCUUUGGAGAAAGCUAAGGCUGACAUUCACAAAUUGGAGGAAGACGGAAAAGUUAAAGAGGAUGAGUUAAAGAAGGUAAAACAGGGAAGCGAUAUGUUAAAGGAAAAUUUGCAGGGCAAGUUGAAAAGGGACUAUAUCAGCAUUGUUGAGCAUGAGGCAAUAAAAAGCCAGCUAAACAGUGCUGUAGCUGAAGCAGAAAGAAGUGCUAAAGAUGCCUUCUCCAAAUAUGAGUCUAUUCAAGAAGGUACUUCAAAACUUCACAAAGAAAUUGAAGACCAGAAGAAAGAGCUGGACACUAUUCAUGAAGCCAUUAACUCUAAAUUUGUGCCAGUGAGUGUGCUGGAGGAAAAAGAGAAGUUCUUUAAUGCCACUGUGAUGGAUCUAAGAGGGGAGCUAGCAAAAAUGGAGGAGAAAUACAAAAGUGCAAAGACUGAUGUGGAACACGAGAGACAAGCCAAAGAGACUGUGAAAUUAGAGAUGGAAUCUGUGCAGAAGACACUGGAGGCUAACUUGGUCUCCAGUGAAAAGUACAGGGAAGUUGAAGAUGGUUAUAAAGGUCAGAUGGAGAAUUUGAGUCUAAAGUUAAUGGAACUGGAGCAGCAGUACAUGGAGGUGACUGUACAAAGAGCUGAACUGGAGGAACAGAACUCGCUCUGCAAUGCUGAAAUGAUGAACCUCCAGCAGAGUAUAGAAAACGAGUAUGUUCAUCUGGAGCAGUUUGAGGCCACAAGGAACUCUCUGACCUGCAGCUUGCAGGAGGCUCAGGCGGAAUGCAAGCGCCUCAGUGAGGUCUACGAUUUGGAGGUCCAGCGCACCCACAAUCUGGAGAAUGAGCUCCUGAACCAUAGAACUGAUGCUGACCUCCUGGCUCAACACAGCCAUGCCAGAAUGGCCCUGGAGCAGGAAUUGGACAAGCUUCGUUUGGCCCUAAGGGAAGAAGAGGAGACCAGUGCCCAGAGGGCUGAGGAUGUAGCCACUCUGCAGACAGAGCUUCUCAGAGCAACACAUGCCUUGGAUGAUCUUCGCAGCCAUGAAGGUCAGUUGGUAGAGCUCAAAGCUGAGAAGCAGAGGCUGGAGGAUGAGUUAGAGGUGCUCAGUGAUCGCCUCUUGGGUCUAGAAGAGCAGUGUGAGGAACUAUACCAGGAAGCAAACCAGGCGAAAGAAGGGGAGAAUAGAGCAAGGAUGGAAACUGAGUCCUUGCAGACCAAGAGUGCCUUAAUUGAGAAGGAGAUCCAUGAUCUAAAAGAAAGGUAUGAUGACUCCCUGAGCACCAUCGGAGACCUCCAGAGAAGAAUUCAGACCUCCUCAGAACAGACCGAGGCCAAAGACAAAAGGAUCACAGAGCUGUUGGCAGAUGUGGAGCGGUUGAAACAGGCUCUCAAUGGCCUGUCCCAGCUGGCUUACACUGGCAACACUCCCAACAAGAGACACGCUCAACACAUUGACACACUCCAGGCGCAGGUCAAGAGCCUCCAGCAGCAGCUGGCUGAUGCUGAGAGGCAACACCGAGAGGUGGUUUCAAUUUAUCGAACUCAUCUUCUCAGUGCCGCACAGGGUCACAUGGAUGAAGACGUUCAGGCAGCGUUGCUGCAGAUUAUCCGAAUGAGGCAGCAGUUUGUGUGUUAAACCCGGCCGAGACACUCUUUGACUCAAAUCCACUCUAUAUGCUGAAGGCGUCCAGUUAGAAACGGGAUCAGUCAAGGUGUAUUAAAGACAUUCGAAUGUUCACUCAUCACAGAUCAGGAUAAGUGUUGUGGGUCUUGGGAGUAGCAUUUAAAGUACUGUUUGUGGGAGCUACAAUACUUGCAAUACUCUUGCAUAUCGACUAUAAUGCUGAUUCAGUAAGUGACAUAAAAAGGUACUAAAACUCCUAGGAUUCCUCGUCACUGAGGUGGUGCACUUUAACCUUUGUUUUUUGUAUGGGUAAAGCUGCAUUAAGUGUAUCUUUACAUUAUAACCCUAAAUACUAAUUUAAUGUUUAAAAGUGGUCCUUAAUAAUAGCCUUUCAUUUUUUUAUCAGUAUCACACAUUCUCAUUACCACGUAAAAUGCUACCAGUACAAACGAUGUGCAAGAAAAGACGUCUUGGGUCGAAGAGUUUAAUACCUGUUUUUUUAAGAGUGUACCGUAUUUCCUGCUGGUUUUAAACAUGUCUAGCAGGAAUCCUUGAACGGUUUGGUACUUUGUGUUGCGGUUUUCGCUGCAGAAACAAGUGUAUGUCCCUCAAGCUGCAGUGCAUUGUGGGAUUUCCUAUUUUACCCUAAAAGAUUCUAAAAAAAAAUCUACAGAGAGCUAGAUUUUUAGGUAUUUUCAUACAGGUCAGGGAGCAGGUCUCCUUUUCAAUUUUUGUCAGGGACAAAUUGUAAGGUCCAAAUGAUUUGACAAGCUCUUAAACAGCCUAAGUGCAGAUUAGCCGUAAUCACAUUCUGAUCAUGUGGUGGUGGCCAGCUGUGCCUUGGAUUUGAGUCAGUGAAUGUUAAUAGUGCUAGGUGAAACAGGACACAGCCUGGAUAAUCUGCUCCUUUUGCCUGGAAGAUGCUGCCCUCGUGUGGUGGAACUUGGCUGGCCAAGUUUUUGAUGACAUAAAUAAACUCUUUGUGGUUGGAUUUACUGUAUAGCUGCAGAUGUGAUGCAUUUGCGAUAUAUAUAUAUAUUUUUCUGGUGCUUUCAAAAUCUGAUGUUUUUAUCAGGCUUUGUACUACUUUUGAUUAAUGGUCACCAUGUUUAUGGUAAUACUAUUCAGCAGGACUGGACUAGAAUGACACUAUACCUAUUCAAGGUACUUUUUCAUUUUAUUAAUGUCUUUUUUCCCCCUCUUUUGGAAUAGUUCAGUACAUGUUAGAAGCCACUAGCCGAACUUUAGCUUUAGCACCGACAUUAACCAGACAUUAAGUUUAUCAGCACAUAUUUACUGUACUCCUAAUUGGUUAUACUGAUUAUAAUUUAUUGCAUAAAAGGGCUACUGAUUUUUACUAACUUAAAUGAACUGAAGUUUUUAGUUCUGUAUAGACAGCGCCAAAUCUUAUGUGAUGAGCCUUAUGAAUUCUAGUAUAUGAAUUCUGCUAUGAGGUAGUUUGCAUUUUGCUCCAAAAAUUGUAUUUUAUUUUUUUGCCUUUUUUCUUUCUUUUCCUUUUAAACAAUAGUUAAAAUCUAAAAUCAAUAAAAGUGACUGCUUUACA